AGCCAGUAAUCGAACAAGUUAAUGAUCAGCGCAGAUGUGUGAUGAAAUGUUUGUCCAGAGAGAUGUUUUCUUCAAAAAAAACAUAACGAGCAUUUUAUCAGACCAGCAUCUGUGGUAAACUGUGCUAAAAAUGACAUCUUUGGCUUUGGUUUUGGUAUUUUGUGCCUUUAUCUCUUUAAGCGAUUCUGCCUGUUUCUUUAAACGUCUAAAUCUGGGGGAAAAACAUUGUGUUGAUGGCUAUGAUAACUCCAAGCAUCCAAUGGGAAGUACUUGGACAAACGGCGCAUGUAUCAGAUGCACCUGCUCUCCCACCAGUAUGGGUUGCUGUGACGCGAUGGGCCGAACAACUGUCAAGACUGAAGGCUGCAUUGUGAAGUAUGAUUACAAAACAUGCACAUUUGACGUGUUUCAUCCAGAAGACCCCACCAUUCUCUGUGCUCAUAGUGCUGUUGGAAAAUAAUUUCCAGUGAUUGAGUAAUGUGUACUUAUUUGGACUAAAAUGAAUAUCAACUGUGAGUCCACUUUUCGUACCUUGCUCUGAUGAUUUGACAGAUGCCAGAUCUUUUAAUCCUGAUAGGCUAACUUAUCUCUGGCUAAUUUGGUUCUUCAAACAAGUUUUUAAUUUAACAGAUUUCAUUAAAAUAGAUGGAUUAAAUUGUCUGAGAUUACUCCGUGUUGACAUAUUCAUUGGAAAGGGCAGAUAUUAUACAUGAAACCAUAAUCAGAAAUGCAGCAACUGGCAGGCAGCAAGACAGUAACGUAAUGACAUCAUACAGUAUCUUUAAGAUCUCUAAGAAACAGCCUAACGGGCAAAAUGACAUGAGUUUUAAUAAAUAAAUAAAACGUGUAACUGUUUUUUAAAAAUGAUUCCCAAUUAUUUUUCCCAAUUCAUAAUAUUUGUACAGGCCUUGCAUUUUGAAAUUUUGAAGCUGAUUUGUUAUAUGUGACAGCAUUAAUUAAAGUUUCCAUCUUAAGACAUAA